CUGAAGGGCCCCCAGGGCCUCGGGGAGCCCCUCCAGCAGGUUGUGGCUGAGCAGGAGGGCUUGCAGAGCCCGCAUCUCCGGGAUACAGGCUGGCAGCACCCUGAGGCUGUUGAAACUGAGAUCCAGGUGGACCAGAGCCCCCAGCUGAUGUCUGGUGGCCCGGGCAUGUUCUGGCGUGCCGGGAAGGCGGGCGGAGGCACAGCUGGGCGGCUCCAGGGAGAUGGCUGUUUGGGAGGAGACAAGAAGUGAGAGGAGCAGAGACGGAGACAAAGAAGGCAAGAAUGAGGGAGCCCAUAGGACAGAGACAGAGACAGAGACAGAGAGAGAGAGAGAGGGAGAGAGAGAUGGAGAGAGAGAGAGAGAGAGACAGAGAGAGAGAGAGAGAGAGAGAGACAGAGAGAGAGAGAGAGAGACAGAGACAGAGAGAGAGAGUCAGAGACAGAGAGAGACAGAGAGAGAGAGAGAGGGAGAGAGAGACGGAGAGAGAGAGAGAGACAGAGAGAGAGAGAGAGACAGAGAGAGAGAGAGAAAGAGACAGACAGACAGAGAGAGAGACAGAGAGAGAGACAGAUGGAGGCAGAGAGAGACAGAGAGAGAGAGAGAUGGAGAGAGAGAGACAGACAGAGAGACAGAUGGAGGCAGAGAGAGACAGAGAGAGAGAGAGAUGGAGAGAGAGAGACACAGAGAGAGAGAGAGACGGAGAGAGAGAGAGACAGAGACAGAGAGACAGAGAGACAGAGAGAGAAAAAGAGACAGAGAGAGACAGAGACAGAGGGGAGAGGGAAGCCAGGGGACAGAGACAGAGAGAGACAGAGAGACAGAGACAGAGACAGAGAGAGAUAGAAAGACAGAGAGACAGAGAGAGAGAGAGAGGGAGAGAGAGAGACAGAGAGAGAGAGGGAGAGAGACAGAGACAGAGAGACAGAGAGAGACAGAGACAGAGGGGAGAGGGAAGCCAAGGGACAGAGAUAGCAGAGACAGAGAGACAGAGAGAGGGAGAGAAAGAGACAGAGAGAGAGAGGGAGAGAGACAGACAGAGGGGAGAGGGAAGCCAGGGGACAGAGACAGCAGAGACAGAGAGACAGAGAGAGGGAGAGAGAGAGACAGAGAGACAGACAGAGGGGAGAGGGAAGCCAGGGGACAGAGACAGCAGAGACAGAGAGAGAGAGAGAGACAGAGAGAGACACAGAGAGAGAGACAGAGACAGAGAGAGAGGGGAGAGGGAAGCCAGGGGACAGAGACAGAGAGACAGAGACAGAGAGAGAGACAGAGAGAGACACAGAGAGAGAGACAGAGACAGAGAGAGAGGGGAGAGGGAAGCCAGGGGACAGAGACAGGAGAAGGAAAAGAGGCAGAAACAGAAAGAAGAUGGAAGCUCAGGCAGCCAGGAGCCAGAGAUGGAGAGAGGAGAAAGGAAUAUUUGACAAAGGAAAGAGAUUCGGUGGUGAUGAGGGGUGAAGAGAGCUGCAGGGGAGGUGACAGAGAUGGAGCAGGGCACGUGGGCCCCCACCCCCAGAAAGGAAGGAAGGGGGAUGAGGAUAUUUGAGCGGGGCCUUGAGGGGUCCGCUCCUGGGGGUGGGGCACACUUCUCUAGGACUUAGGGGUGCCCAGCUGCGGGCCUGGUCCUGAUUGGUUCUUCUGGCGGUAGGCUGCCAUCUCUCCGCACUCUAGCCUAGAGGGUCUCCGGUUCGGCGGUCGAGGGCCCUACAGAUCAUCUGGACCUCAAUAACUGUGCCCCAGGGGCUGAGUUGCUGCUGCCCAGUGCUGGCUCCAGCCCUGCCCCACAGCCUCUCUGGGGUCCACAGGGCCACGUGCGCAGUCUGGUCUCACGUGUUUCCGGACCCGAGGCCUACCGGGACCGGGAGUUCACUGGGGUUCUGGGUAUGCGCAGAAUUUAGCGCGCAAGGUGUGUGAGUGAGGGGAGGAAGGCGACUACUGCCGGUCUCUAAGAGCACUUGUUCGUUCCCGAGGCGUCUCUAAGAAAGGCGCUACCCCGCGAGCCCAUCACACAGGCUUGCAGCGGCCCCGCGAGUUUCGCUCCGAGUCGCUCAGGACUUCUGUCUCAGGAACCGAGCUCCGGCGCCUCCCCCGCUGUUCCGACGACGAUGGUUCAAUCCUGCAUCCCAUUGGGCGACCACGAAUGACGUCACCGCGCCCAGGCGGAAGAGGCGGGAGUGCUGGGCUUCUUCCCGGAGGCUCAUGGGUAAAGGUUUAAUCCCCGCCCCUGCCGCCGCCUCCUCCUUUCUCGGUCCUGCCGCCGCAGAGGUCGCACUUCCCGUGCCCCCGCCGCUCCCGCCGUUCCCGCCUGCGACCCCCUGGACCGCACCCGAGCGGAACCCAGACCAUCAGG